UAACAAUUUAUCUAAUAAACUUUCAUAAACCAGUUUAUAUCUCAUUGAAUAAAUCACAAACAGCUGUAGUUGUGCAACUGUCAGAAAGUGUGGCGGCAAUGACAAUUGCCCCCAAACACUUGUGACAGCUGCCUCCAAACAUUGUGUGGCAACAAAUGCAGCUGCCUAUAAACAGUGUGGCAAUAAAGGCAGCUGCCUUCAAACAGUGUGGCAACAGAGGCAGCUGCCUCUAAACAAAGGGGCAACAAAGGCAGCUGCCUCCAAACAGUGUGGCAACAGGCCACCAGAAAUGCAUCUACGAGCUAACAUUGCCACGAUUUGAGCUUGCCUUUACUGCAUUUACUUCCACCAUGGAUGAAGAUUACUACAAAGCACUUAAGAUAAACAAGAGCGCCACAGCUGCAGAUAUCAAAAAGGCAUAUCGAUGUCUCGCGUUGAAGUUUCACCCAAACAGCAGCAAAGAAGCAGGAAGCUCAGACAGGUUCAGUCAGCUGGGUGAAGCCUACGAUGUUCUCAGCGACCCUCGGAAAAAGGCAACCUAUGACAGGUUUGGUGAGGAGGGACUAAAGGGUGGGAUUCCACCUGAGUUUGGCAGAGGUGGCGCCUGGUCCUCUAAAUAUGCCUACCACGGGAAUCCAGAAAAAACAUUUAAACAUUUCUUUGGAUGUGACAACCCAUUUGCAGUCUUCUCUGCAAAUGAUGUACCACUUCAGUUUGUUGGCCUGCAACCAGUGGUGGUGAAGACACAAGACCCCCCAAUAGAGAGAGACCUUCAUUUGUCCCUGGAUGAUCUGUUCCAUGGGUGCACAAAAAAGAUUAAGAUAUAUCGCAACGUAAUGAAUGAGGGUGGAUACACAUCCAGUGUCAAAGACAAGAUCCUCUCUAUAGAUGUAAAUCCUGGAUGGAAAGAAGGCACAAGAAUUGUUUUCUCCAAAGAGGGAGAUCAGCUGGGACCCAACAGCAUCCCUGCAGAUAUUGUGUUCAUAGUGCAGCAGGAGAGUCAUCCUCUGUUUGAAAGACAAGAUGAUGAUCUGAUCUACAAGACCCAAAUCUCUCUGGAGAUGGCCUUGACUGGCUUCUCUGUGAAUGUGCAGACAAUAGAUGGAAGGCUAAUCAAUAUUCCCAUCAACGACAUUGUGCACCCUAAAUACAGAAAAGUGGUGCCUGGAGAGGGAAUGCCGCUGUUCCAGGAUCCUUCACAGAGAGGAGACCUCAUUAUUCAUUUCGACAUCCAGUUCCCCGAGAAGCUCUCCCCUGACAGAAAGCAUCUGAUCAAAAAAGCUUUGAAAUAAAUAUCGAUCCCAUUUUAA